CAAACAAAAAAGUGAGUAUAAAAAAUAAGAAGAAAGAAGAUGAGUGUGUUCAUUCAGCCCAGACUUGCCCAUGCUGCUAUCUUGUCUCUCUUUCCUCAAGCGUAUCUCCGCCCCCACAAUCUGCCGACAUCGCUUUGCUGGCUGUCAAUUCAAACUGCAGCAGUUCACUUUUUGUCAUGCAAGGGGGAAUGUAGUGGCUGACUCUGCAAGUAUGGAUCUCAAGUCAGAAUUGCUCAAAUCUAUCUGGUAUGCCUUCACAGCCCUGGAUGUCGAGAAAAGCGGCAAGGUGUCCAAGUCUCAGUUAAAGGUACUAUCACACAAUUUGUACACAGCACUGAAUAUUCCUCAUGAUCCUGUGUCUCUAGAAGAGCAUUUUCGUGACGAUGAUGAUGGACCUGUUUCAAACCAGGGUUACAUGCCAUAUCUCAAUAAAUACAUUCUCGCAAAAGCAAAAGAAGGAACCUUUGAUAAAGAGACAUUUGAUGAUCUGUGUUGGAUGAUGACAUCAAAAAAAAACUAUAAGCCAAGUUCUGAUAAUGGGUUCAUCUCCCGUAAAGAAGCCUUCAAACUAUGGUGUCUUUUUAACUUUCUGUCAGAGAACAGAUAUCCCCUUGUCAUGAUACCUGAGGAGGUUGAAUAUUUGAUUAAAAAAAUGUUUUCAGCACUAAGUUUGGAAUGGGACAGAAAAGAUUUGGAUGACUUCUACGCAGAAAACCCAGAACUCAUGAAUGGAAUAUCUGUGUGGAAAUUCCUGGAGCUAAUGGAGUCUAGGAGGCUCUUCAAAAGUGUUACUUCCGAGUCUGUUAGUCUGGCAGUGGAUGAAGUGUUCCAGGAGAUAUAUCAUGAUAUUCUGAAGAAGGGUUAUAUGUGGAAGAAAGGACAAGUUCGAAGAAACUGGAACGAACGCUGGUUUGUCCUCAAGCCAUCAAGCAUUUCCUAUUAUGUCAGUGAGGACAUGAAGGAAAAGAAAGGAGAAAUCAAGCUUGAUAACAGCUGUACUGUAGAGUCUAUUCCAGAUAAAGAUGGUCGACGCUGCCUAUUCUGCAUUAAAACUGUCAACAGGACUUUUGAGAUCAGUGCAUCGGACAUGAAACAACGUGUUGAAUGGAUGCAAGCAAUCCAAACAUCCCUCCGCCUCUUAUCAGAAGGGAAAACAUCAUACCAGAAAGAGUUAAAACUUCGAAGAAUAAAGCUGAGGGAGCAGAGUGUUAAAGAUAAAGAAGACCUGCAGCUGCUCCGAGAACUUCAAGAAGAGAAAGAAAGGCAGAUUCAAGAAAUUGAAAAUUUGAAGAAAAAGCAACAAGAAGCUGAAGCCUUACGAAGAGAGGAAGAGGAGCGAGAAUGGGAGCUUCAGAAGGAGACUCAGCUAGCAUUACAGAAGCAGCUGUUAGAGGCUGAGAAGACUCGUGCUAUAAUGGCAGCAGAGAUUGCUCAAAGAGAACAGGAGUCAGAGAGACAGCGCCUGCGGAUCAAAGAACUAGAGACAACACAACGGUCACUGGAGAUGGCACUGGAUGUUGAAAUCCAGGCAAGGCUUGAAGAAGAGAGAGCAAGGGUCGAGCAGGCAAGACUUAUUGAAGAGGAGCAGGAGAAGCUCACACAACUGAGACUGCUGCAAGAAGAGCAACAAGCCCUUCUAAAUCAAACACAAAAGGAGAAGCAGGAAAUUCACCAUAUAGUCACAGAGCAAGCAAAUGCUCUGGAGAAUGCAAGUCAAGAACUGAAAAAACUUCAAGAAUCCAAGCAGAAAAAUGACCAGAAUCUAGAGGAAGCAACAAAGAAACUUAGAAAAGCUAGUCGUCAUGUUACACACUGGAGUGUGCAGCUUAAUCGUCUUAAGCAGCCGGUGGGCCCAGGAUCAAAUACUGUAUCAGGUGGAGCUCACCAUAAGGAUUUACCAUUGCCUGGAGCAACAGGCGCUUUUUCCAGCAAUGAGUUUAUUGUCAAACAACAAUUUAAAAAAACUGGACAGAAGUCACAAGAAGAUCAGUCUUCUGACACUCUACAUGAAUGGGCUGUGCUACUGUCUUCCGAUGAGGAUGAGAAAGUUCAAGAACAGUUGAAAAAGGUUACAAUGUCAGAGGCUUCCAGGACUAUGUAAAUGGCAAAACAGAAUUUCAUUUUGGAUCUGUGCCAUGUAACACAAAAGAGGUGCCAGCAAGUUACAUGCUGAAAUGGGGACUUUUUUGUUCUCCAGAACAAAGCUUAAUUUUCAUAAACAAGAGCUGGAUUCAGAAUGUCACAAUGCAAACAGAAGCUGGCCACAAGAUGGAAGUAUUUAACAAAAACAGCACAAAUUAAGAUAAAAAUGUAACCGUUGAACUUACAUAUGCUUCAUUCAGGGGUUUGCAGGCUAUCUACAAGCACUGUUGGGUCUGUUCUUGUCUGUAAAAUUGAGAGCAGUGUCUGAUUAAACAAUAAAUUCAAUUAAAAGCAGCACUUGGCCUCUAAGUAGUAAUGGAAAUUUUAAAAAAUAAAAAGAUUACUGUAGAGGGGAGUUGGAUGGGUGGUUUUUAAGGGGGCAUAAUUAUACACCACUGCUUUCCACUUAUUCUCUGUGUUAAGUUCCUAUGUAAUCACUGUUACCUAACAUCUAAGCUAACAGGUAUCAAUGAAUGUGUUUAAUAGGUUACACUCUCAAUGUGAAAUUUUAUUACAAUGUACAAUAAAAAAAAAUGCAUCUUGUGUGCUUUCCUCA